GGCUAACAGUAACCACCGCAGGAGUAGCAGCGCGCCGUCAAAGUCACGUUUUGUUUUCUAUCUAAAAUAUUUCCUGACCAAUUUAUGUCGGACAUGAUCAAAUUGACUUGUUUGUUGGGUAACUCCCUGGGUAGUUUGUGCCGCCACCUCGCUGCUCCUCUCCCCGCCAACCCAGCCGCUUUUUUGUGUAGGAGGACGUUAUGUAGCAGCGCGGUCAGACUGCAAGAGACAGCAUUGUCCAGCGAAGAUGACACAAAAAACUCCAAACAAUUCAGCCACUUCCCUCCGAUGCCUGGCCAGGAGAGUCCCCUCAGGUGGGCUGGGAAGAAGUUUGAGGAGUUACCCAUCAUGCACAUCAAAGCGACGUACAACAACGUACACAUCCACCUGACGGACUGCGACGGACAGUCCAUGAUAAGGACUUCCUGCGGGACGGAAGGUUUCAAGAACAGAAAGAAGGCCACGCCGGUCGCCGCUCAGAGCACCGGCAUCUCCGCCGCAGCGAAAGCCGCCGCAAAGGAAGUGACGUUUGUGCGCGUGGUGGUCAAAGGUCUCGGCCCAGGACGUCUGUCGGCCAUCGAAGGUUUGACCAUGGGCGGCCUGGAGGUGGUCUCCAUCACCGACAACACCCCCGUGCCGCACAAUGGCUGCCGACCUCGCAAAGCCAGGAGGAUAUGAUGAUGAUGAUGAUGGUGGUGGAUCAAUAAACUUGCAUGGUCAGUGCUAUGA